ACCAAUAGGUGCUUAAAAGUCAAAGCAAUAGGCAACAUUAACCUGUCAAUGUCAAUCUAUACUACCUACUGGAGUUGUUUAUGUUUUUAAUCUGAUCAAUAUUUACAUAAAAACACCGAUUUGUCUAAUUAAAAGUGUAAAUAUAUCGCUAAUUUUUAUUUACGCCACCUAAGUAUUACUACUAAUUAAUUAUUCAAGUCAUAAUCCUGUUAUAUCUUUAGGAAUAACUUAGAAAUUUGGUAAAAAUGUUAGCGUUAUUACUUUUAAACAAUAUGACGGCUAAGCGCAAGGCUGCGAAACGAGUACAGGCUCUAAGAGUAGAGCAAAGAAGACCAGCUUCGAGGGAUCCAGAAGCGGCAUGCUGCAGGACUUGCCUAAAUAGAAAUACAGACGAUUUAAUGGCGAUAUUUCUAGACAAAGAGAGCGAAAUGAAAAGAUCGCGCGAAUUGAAACUUGUGACUGGAUUGAAGAUAAGAAUGGACGACGGACUAUCACAGCAGAUUUGCACGCGAUGUGUAGAGACCAUGACUAUAGCGAUGCAGUUCCGAAGAACCAGUCGGAAGGCUGAGAAGGAACUACGGAGUUUGCUGUCAGUCUGCGACCGCACCUGCACGGAUUCUAUAAGGAAAUCAGUAAAUCUCACACUUCGAAGGAGUAUGGCUAGACCUAAGGUGGUCACAGUACCUAGACGUAAAGUGCCCCCGAAUCCAAUGAAGACCACGAAGGUUGAGAAGGUGGAACUGAACGACUAUAGUUACGAGAUCUGUGGCGAGGAGUUCCAGAACGAUGACGUUGAUGACGAUUACUCAGUCGUCGUCAAACCGGAGACUAACGAUGUUACUGAAGUUGUUGAAGAGUUGAUCCACGAACGACGUCACACUGGGGAGCGGCCCUAUAUAUGUGACCACUGCGGCGCCACCUUCCAUCGGAGGUCGAACCUUGUACAGCACAUUGCUAUACACCUCCCCGAGAACAACUUCCAGUGUGACAUGUGCCCGAAACGGCUGAAAUCGCGCAAAUUCCUUCAGAUACACAAAUAUAAUAUGCAUACUGGUAAAAGAUAUGGUUAUCUAUGUAGCAUAUGCGAGCAUAGAUUCGAAAAGCCUAAUAAAGUACGUGCGCAUAUGCGAAGGGUGCAUGGAGCUGCUGACGACCAAAUUGGACCUAUAGCUAGAGUACAGCUAUAAGAUAAUAUUAUAAAAAUGAAGAGUUUGUUUGUUUGAACGCGCCAAUCUCCUGAACGACUGUUUCGAAUUGAACAGUUCUUUUUGUGUUGGAUAGUCUAUUUAUCAAGGAAGGCCGUGGGCUACAUAACAUCACGCUGCGAUCAAUAGGACCCAAGCAGUUGGAAAGUGAAGUCGUACGGGAGUAGCUAGUAACAGGAGGCUUGGAACAGGAGAAAGAACGGGGUGGUGUUUAGUCAGUAAGAGUCUGACACUCCCUCCCGCCUCACCAAUGAGAAAAAGAAGCUCUAAAAAUGCUGAAACGCUAAAUCGUAUAUGUGUUUGUUUCUAUAACUAAGCACGAACAAGAUGUGGAUAUUUUUUAAAGAUAACAUUGGGAUUAUCUCGGUUGGUGGUACACGAUGAUGCGGCCUACGAAGGAGCUUGUAUAAAUAAGCAACCUAUUCAUUUGGGCCUUGAAGGUACCCAGGUUAUACCCUUCAGGAAACAGACUCUAGCAAAGAAUUCCACUCCUUAGCUGUUCGCACAAGAAAACUCGAAGCGAAACGCGUCGUUCGGAUGGGUGAAACUUAUACCAUAUAACGGUGACAUUUUGCAGAUUGUCUGAGAGUGCGAUGAUGAAAUGAAUUGGAAUUAAGUUGUGCAAUAUUAAUAGCUAUUUAUGAAUAAUAGAAAAAAAUAUAAUAAUACUAUUUAGUACAUUCUAUGGCAAUCAUUCAUUUUAAUAAGUUUUUGUUUUUAGACACUAUAACUUGCCUUAAAGCUGAUAUAGAAUAAGUCGUAGCUUCAAGUACCGCUAGUGUGUUUAUUUUAAAACAUAGAAUUUUAGAUCUCUUAGGUUUUAAAUUAUAGGAUGGCAAACGCCUUUAAUAUGCCACUUUAAUAUGUAAAUAGCACGAUUAAUGAUUAUGGAUUAGGAAUUUGAGGAUUAUUGAAGAGUCGAGGCUUUAGGGAGAUUAAAAGAGGAAUUGGGCCUCUGGUUACCUCACUCACACGACAAAACACACCG